CUCUUUGUCUAUAAAAAUCGUACCUCAAUCACAAUUCACAACCUUAUUUUUGUUAACGCAAAUCCCUUUUUCAAACAGCGACUACAUAAAGUUUCCUUUCCGCCCAAUUCUCCACCGCUAACGGUGAUUCAAGACUCUAAUAUUGUUCAUCGUCUCAAAAAACUUGAAUCAAGAGCCGAUUCCCUAAUAAUGAACGGCGGCGUUUCAAGAUACGAGAACCCUACGCCUCUCAAGACUGGCGGUUUCACCAAGUCUGCAAUGCCGAACGACGUCGCACCACAUAAGCCGUCUCCCCCGUUAAUUCUCGAUCGUUUCAGGGGCAUGUUGAAGGAGAGAGAGGUAGAACUUAGCUUUUUUAAUAAUGGGGGCCAUGACUCUGAUUCGAACAUGGGUACCGAUGAAAUUGUGCGGCUUUACGAGAUUGUUCUGUCGGAACUCACUUUGAAUGCGAAGCCUAUCAUUACCGAUCUGACGAUGAUUGCUGGAGAGCAGAGAGCGCAUGGCAAGGGCAUAGCUAAUGCUAUUUGCAAUCGGAUUAUUGAGGUUCCAGUUAAGCAAAAAUUACCUAAGUUGUAUCUAUUGGAUAGUAUAGUGAAGAACAUAGGCAAGGAUUAUAUUAGACACUUCUCUGCACGCUUGCCUGAGGUUUUCUGUGAGGCCUACAUGCAAGUCCAUCAUAGCAUGCAUCCUGAUAUGCGCCACCUUUUUGGUACCUGGUCGACAAUUUUUCCAUCACCUGUACUUCGCUUGAUUGAGGCGCAGUUGCAAUUUUCCCCCGAUGUAAAUAGUCAACCACCUGGUUUGGCUCCAUUGAAAGCUUCUGAAUCUCCAUGCCCAACAUAUGGCAUACACAUAAAUCCUGAAUAUUUGGAAGCACAGCAUCAGUUUCGACAUUCUACUGUAGACACGGUUGGAGCCAAAGGUUUAAGCACUUCUACUUGGACACUCACAGGCCACACAAGUUCAUCAUCACCCCCAUCACUUCAUAAAUUUGGAGUGGAUAGUUAUCGAAGGGCUUCUGAAACGGCCUCACCAUCUAAUUCUAGAUUUGAAUAUGAUCUUAACAGAGUGAAGGGGCGAGAGGAAGAGACAAAUAAAUUGCAAGCAAGAAAUUGGCAUGGUGAAGCUGAUCAACGUCUUAAAAAUUCUGCUGCGGUUCUUAAUAAUGGAGUUGACCUUCAAGGACCUAGAGCUUUGAUUGAUGCUUAUGGAAUUGAUCACAGGGACAAAAAAUUGAACCUCAAACAUCCAAAGGUCGAACAAAUGGGUGUAAAUGAUUUUGACCAAAAGACUGCUUCCCGGACAUGGCAAAAUACUGAAGAGGAGGAAUUUGAUUGGGAUGACAUGAGCCCAAAUUUAGCACACCAGGGCAAGUACAGUCUUGCUGCACAACGCUCUGCACCUUUGGUGACUGAUUUCAGAAGCAACUCGUUUCAGGAGCAAUUUUCUUCCACUACUGAUUCUUCCAUUGUUGAGGGUGUUCUCCCAUUUAGUUCUGACCAUGGAGGAAUUAGUAGGAUAACUGGUCCACACAGUGCCUCAAACCAGAUAGCUGCUUCUAGUUAUACCCGAGAAUCAUGGAGUUUACCACGUCAGCAGUUGCAACAUCAUUUGAAUGCCAAAGAAGGUGGUUCUCAUUCAGGAAUUGGAGCCUUUUCCGCAUCUGAUGAGCAAAAGCCUCCUACAAUUGGAAAUUUCUCAAGUGUAGAUGGACAGUUUUUCGGGUCCCAUUCUAAUGUUGACUCUUUAGCUCCUGAGAUUCGAUCAGCCAAUGCACCAGCUUUAACAAAAGCAUGGUAUCAUGCAAAGUUACACAAUUCACACCCAUCACCUUCCCUUUCUGCUCUUCCUCCGGAAUUCCACAUCAGGGGUCAAUUUCCUAUUAUGAAUGCCGGCAAUGUCAUUAUCAACAAGUCAAAUCAAUUUGAGCAGCAUUUGGACAAUAUUGGCAUUUCAAUAAGUAACAUGCCUCGAGCUCCUACUCAGCUAUUCCAACCAGUAGUUCAUCCACAGCUACUACCACCUCGAAAUCAUGGAUACGCACGACAUGGUCCCCCUAUUGGUACAGCCUUGUCUAAUCUAUUUACGAUUGUGCAAUCAUCUGUGCCGAUCCUCAAUGCCCCAAACACAUCAUUACAUUUACCAGGGACAACCAUUCCGUCUUUACCCAGGGGACCACCACCUGGCACAACUCAAUCAAUACCCCCUGGAAAUAUAGAUCAAGCGGCAACAAACCCUCCAGCACAGGGUGCACUUUCGGGUUUAAUUAGUUCUCUUGUAGCACAAGGUUUGAUAUCAUUAACAAAACAGGAUUCUGUGGGAGUGGAGUUUGAUCAAGACCUUCUUAGGUUGCGUCAUGAGUCUGCAAUAACUGCUCUAUAUGCUGAUCUUCCUAGACAAUGCAAAACAUGUGGCCUUCGAUUCAAAAGUCAAGAAGAGCAUAGCAAACAUAUGGAUUGGCAUGUCAACAAGAACCGGACUUUAAAAACCCGUAAACUGAAGCCUUCUCCCAAGUGGUUUGUGAGCAUAAGUAUGUGGCUCAGUGGGGCUGAGGCAGUGGGAACUGAAGCAGUUUUAGGGUUUUUGCCCGCUGAUAUUGAUGUGGAAAAGAAAGAAGAUGAAGAAAUGGCUGUUCCUGCUGAUGAUGAUCAGAAUGUUUGCGCAUUGUGCGGAGAGCCUUUUGAUGAUUUUUACAGUGAUGAGAUGGACGAAUGGAUGUAUAGGGGGGCCGUAUACAUGAAUGCACAUGCUGGAUCACCCGCAGGGAUGGACAAGUCACAGUUAGGUCCUAUAGUACAUGCUAAAUGCAGGUCUGAGUCUCAUGUGAUUCCAGCUGAAAAUUUUACAAAAGAUGAAGUGGAAUCAACUGAAGAGGGUCGUCAAAGGAAAAGGAUGCGGUGUUAGAGUAGUUAAAUGUUGUAUGUCACUGUAAAUUAAUAACACAUUGCUCCGUUGUUGAGUUGUUGAGUUGUUAGAUGAUGUAUGCGGUAUUGAACCAUUCUCAUUUUCAUGCAAUGAAACUGUUAGCAAAUGCUCAUCCAGCAUCCUGUAUCUGCUCAUCUCAAGACUCCAAUCCUGAUCCGCGUUAUGAAUCUUGGUGGAUUAUCAGUUCUUAACAUCAUUUCCCUCAAUUACGUUUGAUGUAGAAUUGGCAGAUAUUUGUUAUUUAGUAAUUCUCGAGUUUUUCUAUGUCAUUUUAGUGCAUGUUUGGCAUACAAUGUUAGACAGUAUUGAAUAGUUUCAAUAAAUAAGAUUCUAACUUUGUUUUCUUUCUUAAUAUAAUACAACGAAGUAAUUCUUUUGA